GUCCUACGGUAGAGCAGCAGGGUGAAAUGGCUCGAGCUGGUGGCAGGACCCUGGCAGCUCUACAGCCUGAGCAGAGAGCGGAAAUUAUUUAUCGUCUUGCUGACUUGCUAACUGACCGCAGAGAAGAAAUUCUUUUGGCAAACAAGAAGGACUUAGAAGAGGCUGAAAAUAAAGGAAGAUUGGCCCUUCCGCUGUUGAAACGUCUGAGUCUGUCUACAUCGAAGCUGAACAGCUUGGCUAUUGGUCUACGUCAGAUCGCAGCGUCCUCACAGGACAGCGUCGGCCGUGUGAUUCGCCGAACACGGAUAGCAAAAGACCUGGAUUUGGAGCAGGUGACAGUGCCUAUUGGCGUCCUUCUCGUGAUCUUUGAGUCCCGACCUGACUGUCUUCCACAGGUGUCUGCUUUGGCCAUAGCCAGUGGAAAUGGCUUACUAUUAAAAGGAGGGAAGGAGGCAGCACAUAGCAAUCAGAUCCUUCAUCAUCUGACACAAGAAGCACUCUCCAUUCACGGAGUCAAAGAUGCAGUGCAACUAGUGAACACAAGAGAGGAAGUAGAAGAUCUCUGUCGUUUGGAUAAGCUGAUAGAUCUAAUCAUUCCACGUGGUUCAUCACAGCUAGUCAGAAAUAUCCAGAAAGCUGCUAAGGGAAUCCCGGUGAUGGGACACAGCGAAGGGAUCUGUCACGUGUAUGUGGACACAGAUGCCAGCGUUGAGAAGGUUACACGAAUAAUCAGAGACUCAAAGUGUGAAUAUCCUGCUGCCUGUAAUGCUCUGGAAACUCUCUUAAUUCAUCGAGACUUGCUGAGAACCCCGUUGUUUGAUCAAAUCAUAGACAUGUUGAGAGUAGAACAGGUGAAGAUUCAUGCUGGCCCAAAGUUUGCAUCUUACUUGACAUUCAGCCCUUCAGAAGUGAAAUCUCUCCGCACAGAAUAUGGGGACCUGGAGUGCUGCAUUGAGGUGGUAGACAGUGUCCAAGAGGCUGUUGAACAUAUCCACAAGUAUGGAAGUUCUCACACGGAUGUUAUCAUCACGGAGAAUGGUUAGUGAUCAGUCUGCUUCCUUAAGC